UUGCAAAGCAGUUAACUGAUGCAGCUGACAGUAUGGCACAAGCCUUAUUGAGCAAUGCACGGAUGGACGCUGAGCCAACUGCAGCUGGUGAUGAAAACCUUUUUGUAUCAGCAAUGAAGAGUAGUAUAUUUGGACUUGAACAAGAAAAGCCGGUUGAGUCACCUGGGAGUACAUUAUCACUGCCCUCUGCUGCAGAUCUUAUGGGAGUUGAUGAUCUAUCAGAACUCCCUCCAGAUAGAGUAUCAAAAUAUUCAUUCAGCACUAAGCUUUCGUUUUUGGCUUCAAACAUAUUCAGUUAUGCAGAGAACUCCAGCUCGGUUGCCAAUGACCCAUUGACCCUCCUGAACGUGAAGGAUGAAUCGGGAUACGACGUUGAAGUUAACAAUUUAAGUAUUGAAAUACCAACAAAAUAUCCGGUAGAGCAAUUUCCCCCAACAACGUUCAACCCUGAUCCUGAAACUGGGCUGGAAUAUGUCCAGAUAGAGCUAACAGAACUUUCAACUGCAAUAAUUCUAAAUCUGAACCCUGAGAACGAUACCCUCGUUUAUGAGAUAUUCAUCAAAUGGGAUGUGACAUUGGAUUCAGACAAACCAAGAGAAACAUUAUAUGAUCACCAUGAUGUCAUUAUGCCCACAUCCGCUGAUGAGCCAACACUUUCAAAAUAUCAACUUAUUCUCCCCGAAGAAGUGGCUAAUACUACAAGCAAUUAUACAUUUGGUUACAAGGCAGUUGAUGUCUCGGAUCCAAUUAAGAUAAUAUUCCUUAAUGAUUUUGAAGAAAUGGAGAAAAAACUUGGAAAAGAAAACAUGUUAAAAGAUAUCAGGAAAGGUUUAGCAGAGAAAUUAAAUGUCCAUGAGCAUAAGAUUCACGACCUUAAAGUGGUUCAAGGCAGCGUCAUUGUAACCUUUGUCAUAUUAGAACCAAGGCAGGAACACGUAGAUACACUAAGAAAAGCUGUUAAUGAUUUACAGAAGCUUGACCUCACUAUGUCAAAUGGUGAUAGCUUGAUGCUGAAGCCAAAUGUUCGUCAUAGCAUACCAGAUAUAGGCCCAAGCUCGUUGAAUGGCACCCAGCCUAAUGUCACAGCAUCUGUGUCCACUAGCAGAUGUAGGGCAUGGAACUCCAAAGAGGAAGCUUGGGAUUCAUCAAACUGUAAGGUAUCUCCGAAGUCAACACCAAUUAAAACAAUUUGUAAAUGUAAAAAAGCCAAUCGAGACAUCGGAUCAUUCUCGGGAGGAGUAACUUUACCAAAAGUUAACACCAUCAACUUUAAGGCAGUGUUCAGCGAGUUUGGUACCCGGUUAUUGUCUAACCCAGCUGUAUUCGCCACGCUUAUUGUUAUGAUAGUGAUUUAUGUACUCAUCUUAAUAUGGGCACGUAGGGAGGAUAAAAAGGAUAUAGAAAAGUGGGGUGUUCGUCCUCUGCUUGACAAUUGUGUGACUGAGACUUAUUGUUAUUUAAUCACUGUGAAUACUGGUCUAAGAAGUGGCUCAGCAACCAUGUCCAAGAUCUCGUUUGUCCUGUCAGGCUCAGAUGGAGAUACAGGUGUACGCUACCUUCGAGACGGAAAACACGAAAUGCUAAAAAGAGGUAGUGUACACUACUACCUGCUGACCACAAGUGAAUGCCUUGGCGAGCUAGACACAUUGAGAGUGUGGCAUGAUAACUCCGGUAGCGCAUCUUACAAGAGUUGGUUCGUGGAUAAGAUUGUUGUUGAAGACAUACAAACUAAUAGUCGAGCAUUCUUUUUGUGCGGAUCGUGGUUAGCCCUUGAAGAGGCAGAUGGUUUAAUUGAUAGGACUUUCCAGGUUGCUUCUGAAGCUGAAAUUAAAGGAUUCAAUCAUCUUUUUUUUGCUUCAUCCCGUAAAAAUGCCACCGAUGAUCAUCUGUGGUUGUCUGUGGUGUCAAGGCCUACUAGAAGCAAUUUCACUCGGGCACAGAGAAUAACAUGCUGCAUUUCAAUCUUAUUCUGUACAAUGAUUGCAAAUGCCAUGUGGUACAGGAGUGACGAGACUGUUACCCAAGAUCAAGCGUUAAGACUGGGACCAUUCGUCUUCACAAUAUCUCAGCUCUGGAUAUCCUUGAUUGGAAAUCUAACUGUUUUUCCAAUCAAUAUGAUCAUUGUAACACUGUUUAGAAGAGCUGCACCCAAGAAGUCACUGAUUGAGUCGACAUUGAAAAACGUUGAUUCAAAAGAACCAGUUAAUAAGAAAGCGCCAGCAAAAAAAUAUUUGGAGGAUGGUGAAAACAUACAAAAUAAAUCUGAAACCAAAUCUAACAAAAUGAAGAAAAUAAGCAAAAUACAAUUCCCCUACUGGUGUAUAUAUAUCGCAUGGGUGUUAGCCAUCCUGGCCAUUGCGUUACCCGGAUUCUUCGUGCUUCUCUACAGUUUGGAAUGGGGCAAGGAAAAGUCCGAAGAAUGGUUAACAUCGGUGUUGCUAUCCACUUUGCAAUCCACGCUUGUUAUCCAGCCAAUUAAGAUAUUCUUUAUUGCGAGCAUGGUGGCUUGGAUAUUUAAAAAAGUGGAAGGAGAUGAGCUUUCCGAGGACGAAAAAAGAAAAAAUGCCACGGCUGAAUUGGAUGAAGAAAUUCUAGAACAGUUGGGCGAUGCUAGAAAACAACACCGACCACAAGCACCUAAACCUAUAAGUCAAAGAAGACUUGAAGCGAUGAGAGCAAAGCGACAGCAAGAACUAAACAUGUGGGCAAUCCUGAAAGAAAUCUGUUUAUAUUUUCUGGUCAUUUUGUUGGUUUCCUUCAUUGCAUUUGGUUCGAAAGACAUUAAUAUAUACAGGCUCAAUGGUAAUCUCUAUGGUAGUUUGGCUGGUGCCUGGCCUGCCCCUCGGAUUCAUCUAGUUAAUUCUGGCCAUUCGUUUUACCAAUGGCUUGAGCUCACGGCAUUACCAGCACUGUACGCGGGUGCUAAUUACAAUGGCGAUGCACCUUCUGUAAGGGAGCAUAAAUAUUUAGAUGACCACGAGAAUUUUAGAGUUGGCGUCCCACGACUUCGACAAGUUAGAGUAAAACCUGCCCUUUGUAGUCCAGCAACAGAAGCAAAAGACAUUAUGAUUGAAUGUAACAAGGAGUAUAGCUAUACUGAUGAAGAAAAUAAAGAUUUCUUUCCUGGUUGGUUUACUGAGUUGACAAGUAAUGGAACUAUCGGGCCAUCACCCAUUGAUGCUGCAUACACAUAUCGAGAUGCAACAGACCUAAAGGCAGUGCCGUAUACAGGAGCAAUGGGUACAUAUGGUGGGGGUGGAUAUGUACAGGAGUUGGGUAGGUCAAUAAGGAACGCCAUUACAAUCGUGCGAAAAAUAAAGCAACAUGAUUGGAUUGAUUAUUACACAAGGGCAGUGUUCUUGGAGCUUACCAUCUACAAUCCGAAUGUGAAUUUAUUUGCAUUUGUGGAAUAUUGCGUUGAGUUUCCGGCAACUGGAAGUACCCUGCCUGCCCCACGAAUCACGUCAUUCAUGAUAUAUGAAGGUAUUGACAGUAACAGCACUCUAGUUCUAAUAGCAGAGCUGGUGUAUGCUAUCUACCUGAUUUACAUAACUGUUGUCAUGGUGAAGCAGAUACGAAAACAAGGCAGAAGUUAUUUCAAACAGCUUUGGAAUCUCAUAGAUAUAUUUGGCCUUACAACAAGUUAUAUGGCCGUUUGUAUGUUUAUUGGCAGGAUGAUAUAUGUCCGUCUAGUCAUGAGAGAAAUAGCAGAUAAUAAAGACAAAAGUGUCAGCUUUUCUGAGUUGAGUUUAUAUGAUGAGCUGUUUACUGCUUUGGUUGGAAUCAUCGCUUUCGUUGUUAACAUCAAGUUCCUUAGACUCCUGCGUUUUAAUCCACAUAUAGCCUUACUGAACAUGACCAUGCGUUGCUGUGCCAAAGACUUGGCGGGAUUUUCUGUGACGUUAGUCAUCAUAUUCAUGGCUUUUGCAUCGAUGGGAAAUAUAGCGUUUGCAGCCGGGUCAUAUGGGUUUUCGAGCUUUGGUCGAUCAGUUGUAAUGCUGUACUCCAUGAUGUUGGGGAAGAUAGAUUUUGAUGAACUCAAAGACUCCCACAAGAUCAUCGGACCUUGUUUCUUCAUUUCGUAUAUGGUGUUUGUCUUCUUCAUCAUUGUUAAUAUCAUUGUUGGUAUAAUCACUGAGGGCAGAAGCAUGGCUCAACAAAUGAAGCUAGAUGGAUAUGAUGACAUACAAAUGGUUCCAUUUAUCAUCCGCAAAAUCAAGGACGCUGUAGGAAUCAAGCAAACACAAGAUGAUACUGGGGAGUGUAGGCCAGAUCAAUAUGUUGAUACUAUGGAUACCCUUCAAAUGCGUGUCGACCAAAUAGAUGCCCUGGUAACAAAUGCUUUCCGAGACAUGAGUCUAACUAAGGCAAAGGCUGUGGACAAUUACCACAAACAGGCAUCUUCGUGGAGAGACGAGCCUGUUGAUGCCCUUGGUGAUAUCCCUUUGACGACCCUUGAUAAAUAUGCACACUUAGCCCCAGGUGAUUGGGAUUAUAAAAGUGAAAGGAGACCUGCAUCCCCUGGCGGCGUGAUACUAAGUUCUCACAAGUAAAGAGCAUACAAAUACCGAUAGUGAUCGACAUAAUGGCAACGACCGACCAUCGCUAAAAAAUAUGGACUACGAAAAUGGAUAUUUUUUAAUCGUUCAAUCCUUCCCUAAUUGAACUUGCUAAAUCUAUCAUCAGAAGUAGUUAAACCUAUUAGAAAAAUUAUUUCUAGCCCAUAACAUUUCGGGUAUUGUAGUAUCCAUGCACUAUAUGGAGUGGCAUAUGAAUCCUCCCUUUCUGUCAUUUAGAAACACUUAGAGCUGCUCGUAUAAGAGUGGUAAUAAUAGUGCAAUAAGAUGAUUUAUGAACUAGAUUCUCCAAUAAUCAUAGUUUCUAACAGUCCCUUCACUGCCAAUCAACCUAGACAAGACAGACCUCCAUUUUUUAUUUUUCGAAGAUCUCGAGUUUUAGAAAUCGGAGUUAUCUGUUGCUAAUUAUAUUGUCAGUUUUUUGUUGCUAAUGCAUAUUUGUCGUUUUAAGAGAUUUUGAUUUUUUGAUUACAUCGUGUGCCACUCCAUAAGUUCAGAAUAAGCUAGAGACAUUUAACUUGCCAAAUUCAAUAAUCGAAAUCAAAAACCGUAUAUGAUUGAUUUUACAAAUGAUUUAUGAUAAGUGCUGUUCUUCCAAGGCCUCCUUUUCCAUAUCUCCCUCCCAUCGAUCAUUCAAUCUGAUACUCAUACAGGUAACAUCUUUCUGUUUCACCAGAAACAUCUCAAGCUCACUGGUGAGUAUCAAGCGAAGGUAACGACCGUCACCUUCG